AUGAGCGAGACGCUGUUCGAGUCAGCCCAGGCCAUCCUGACGGGCUUCGACACGGCGCUGUCGCGGCAGUGGCGCGAGGAGGACCGCAAGUGGCGACGGGAGGACCUUGAAUGGCGGAAGGUGGAGCAGGGCCAGAUCGGGCUGGAGACGGAUUUCAUGACAGACGGCCGAAAGUGGCGGGCCCAGGACAUGGAGCAGCGCGUGCUGGACAAUGCGCGCUUCGUGUGGAGCCGGGCGGUUGAGAAGAAUCGGCGUGAGGUCGAAGAGCGUGCUGAGCAGCUGAAGGGCAUCUCAAACCUGGCAGCCCUCAUUGGGGGUUUUGCGCUUAUUGCGUUCCUGGAGUUUGGGGUGGACGAUGACACACCCGUGGGACUGGUUGUGGGGUUUGGCUUGACUACGGCACUCACGGUGGGAUUGAUGGUCAACGCCAUGGUGACAACGAGCCUGAUGCAUGCCAGCAUCCUCAAGACUGGCAAGAAUUUCGUUUCAGAGGAAGACGAAGCAGAGUUUAUCUUCAGGUGCCGGCAAUUUGCAAGGGACUACCGAAUAGGCGACCGACCCCCAGCACCCGCCAGAACCUUUGACGCACACUGGAGUCAGAGGGCGGAGGGAGAAUGGCGCAGGGCCUUCUUCAUGUUCUCAGCAGGAAUCCCCCUUUUUCUGCUCAACCUCGCUUUGGCGGGAUGGAUCAAAUUCAGCCAUCACAGGGACAACAACUUGACUGCCAUCCUCAUCUCAGUCGUGAUGGUCGUCUCUUGCAUCACCCUGCUGCUGUCGCAUCGACAGUGGGGCCGCCAUCUGGUUGCGCGCAGAGAUGACUUAGUGCAGGUUGCUGCCCGGGCGCCCAUCGACCCCGCCAGUCUGCCCUUCGACUGGCAUUUGAAGCCACAGCCGCCAGCGCCACGAUUCCAGCGUGUCGUGGCCGUCUCCAGGAGCUUGAAUUCGGGGGAUGGGUCGCAGAGCUUGCCUGCGACUCCCUUUACCAGCAGCCUUGGUGAAGCUGCCACGAUGCAGCUGACAGGGCGACCUGUGGGUCAGACUCCAUUGACUUCCACCUCUCGCGCCUUGGCGGCAGGCAACGGGCGCAGCGUUGCCAGGAGCCUGUCCCCCUCUGCGCCUGCCCACCCUGCGCCCACCGCCCCCGCUGCCGCAAAAUCCACGUGGUCGCGCCCCGUGAGGCAGCUGGGCCGCUCCCUGUCCUCUGCGGAGCUGAUCCUAGGGGAAUUCCGAAAGCGGAUCGGGCCCUCGGAUCCGCGGAUGGGGGGACGGCCGCCCUCGAGGCAGCUAAGCCUGUCGAGGAUGGCCCAGGCGAUGGUGGGGGGCAUCGGCGCGGGGCUGCCGAUGGCCAAGGGGCCGUCCAAGGAGGCCGCGGGGCGCGUUUAA